AUGACUUCAACAAUUUCACAAAACUCACCGUUUCCGCCAAAUGCGGUUUACCAACAAAAUUCAUACCCAUCACAAACUUCUUCAUAUUCACAAAUUCCAAGAAAUUCACCGUAUCAACAUCAACAAUAUCAUUCACCCGUUAAGCAAGAAUAUUCAUCAUCCUCUUCCUCACCUUCAUCAGUAUCUUCCGCAUCUGCAUCUUUUCCAUUAGGCACACUUCCACCCUCAUUCGAUCAUAGUCACUUAAUAGAUGGCAUUCCUGUAUCAUAUAUUCUCGAAAAAUUACAUUUAUUAGGUCCAACCUAUUAUAACAAUAGACAAACCGCUUACGCUGAACUACUCAUUAAUUCCCUUCCAAAUACUACGUUUUACGUUCAUAAAGAAUAUCUCAUUCUUCAAUCAAUCUUUUUUCGUCAAGUAUUUGAGAGGGUAAAAAAUGGUGAUUGUAUAACGAUCACUCUCCCCGCCGCUCCCGAAACCUUUCAACCCAUAUUAGAAUAUUUAUAUACUGGUGAUGAUGACAAAUGGUAUAGCACCAUGACCAUAGAGAAUUGGUCAAAUAUUUAUAAGAAUGUACAAUUUCUUGGUUUAUGUACCGAAGCUAAAGCUGUUUGUUUGGCUUUUUAUGAACACGAGAUUGAACCGACUUUACAUAGGUUAUUUCAUACAUUACCACGGCGUCAUAAAGACAACCCUAUAGUUCCCCCGUCUAAUCGACCUAAACCAUCAAUUAAAACCUGUAUAAUAUUAGGAUCCGGAGGACAUACGAUGGAAAUGUUCCAAUUGAUAGAGGGGUUGGAUCUUAAAACAGUUUACCGACCGAGAAUAUAUGUUGUGACCGAUAAUGAUUAUUUAAGUUUGCAAAAAGUUGUCGAAUUUGAAAAUAGGAAAUCUGGUGAUCAUCAUAAUGAUCACGUUGUUAAAAUGAUACCGAGAAGUAGACAAGUUGGACAAUCUUGGUUAACCACCCCAUUUAGCGUCCUUAAAGCCUUAAUUAAAUGUAUCAGCCUAAUAUUUGGUGAAUUACCGGAUCUAAUAAUAUGUAAUGGACCAGGAAGUUGCAUUCCUGUUUGUGUUAUUUCUUACAUUCCCAGAAUAUUGGGAAUUAAAUGGAUAAAAUUGAUUUAUGUAGAAUCAUUUGCUAGAGUUAAAACAUUAUCAUUAUCAGGGAAAUUAUUAUAUAUUUUCGUAGAUAGAUUCUUAGUACAGUGGCCUUACUUUGCAGAAAAAUAUCCCAAUGCUGAAUAUAAAGGUCUUCUUGUAUAA